AUGACCGUCCUCUCGGCAGAAGAGUACCGGACCACGAUUGGGGACUUCAAUCUCACCGACGAUGCCUCGACACUGGGGCACUGCGUGCAUCAGCUCGUCGAGAGCGCCGCUGGCGGCCAUCCCGACAAAACUGCCCUGGUUUGCGGCGACAGGGCAGUGACAUAUGAAGAGCUCAACAGCCUCGCAGACCAACUUGCCGACAUCCUCAUCGAAGAGGGCAUCGGACGGGGAGACGUCGUGGGCGUGGGCCUGAGUCGUUCGGUCCACCUCGUUGCGGCGCUGUUAGCAGUAAUGAAGACCGGCGCUGCAUACGUCCCCGUCGACCCGACAUAUCCCGCCGAGCGCAUCAACUACAUGCUCAACGACGCUGCCGCCAAGCUCGCCGUCGUUAGCACCCGCACAUGUGCUGCUCUGGACGCAUGGAAAGGCACUUGCCUAAACAUUGACGAGAUAACGGCUCGUAUGCCUUCGACGCCUCGGAGCGGGAGCGGGAGCCUCGGGGUCGAUGUGCAGCCCGAAGAUCUGGCAUACGUCCUGUAUACGUCUGGUUCCACCGGCCGGCCUAAAGGCGUCGAUAUGAGCCAUGGGGCCGUCUGCAAUAUGCUUCUGUCUCUGCAACAGAAGCCCGGAUGCAGUGAAGCCGACCGGCUCCUGGCAGUCAGCACAAUUUCCUUUGACAUGGCAGUCCCAGAACUGUUUCUCCCGUUGUCAUGCGGUGCGACGGUAGUCAUGGCUCAGGAACACCACGUCAGAGACGCGGGUGCACUACUACAGCUCAUGCGGCGGCAUGGAGUCACCAUGAUGCAGGGCACUCCAACAAUAUGGCAGAUGCUAAUUGACGCAGACUGGAGCGGAGAACCUAGACUCGUCAAAAUGCUGUCCGCUGGCGAGCCGCUCUCCCGCCAGCUGGCCGACGAUCUGCUCAACUGCGGCGAUCAGAUGUGGAACCUAUACGGUCCGACUGAGGCGGCAGUUCAUGCAACGGCGUGGAACGUCGUCCGAGGCGAGGAGAUGAUUGUCGGCAAACCCAUAGCCAACUAUCGACUUUACGUGCUUGGUGAAGACCUAUCACCGGUGCCGUUGGGGAGUCCUGGAGAGAUAUACAUAGGCGGGCCGGGCCUUGCUCGGGGCUACCGCAACAAGCAAGAGCUCACGAAGUCUCAAUUUAUCAGCAACCCAUUCCACCAGGGCCUAAUGUAUCGCACCGGUGAUCUAGGCUGCUUCAUGUCCCCGGGAAAGCUGCGUGUUCUUGGCCGAGCCGACGACCAGGUCAAGAUCCGAGGCCACCGGAUCGAACCGGGCGAGGUCGAGUCCGUCAUCACAGACCACGACUGCGUGUCUCGGGCGGUCGUCAUCAGUCGACAUGGCCGGUUGGUCGCCUACUGCGUGCGCAUGACCGCAGAUGCACCGGAGUCCAGACCCGAAAUCGCGCUGGACCGGCUGCUGCGUCCGUGGGUUUCGGCACGCCUACCAGCCUAUAUGGUGCCGGCGUUCUUUGUCGAGCUUGAUGCCUUCCCGGCGACGCUGAAUAGAAAGAUUGACCGCAAGGCACUUCCAGAUCCUGUGCCAGCUUCUUCAGUGGCUGCGAAGGGGAUGGUUGACUCGACGCCCGAUGCCGACUUGGAAAACCAGAUAAUUGCCAUAUGGUCUGGCAUCCUCGGCCAUGACCAAAUCAGCGUCCACGACAACUUCUUUGAGAUUGGAGGCGAUUCUGGGCGCGUGAUCCGCGUACAGACGAAAUUAAAACAGGUUCUCGGCCGGUCCGUAUCGCCAGCCAAACUCUUCGAACACUACACUGUCAGGACCUUGGCAUCGUAUAUAGGGGGAGGCAUGCAAAAGGAGCAAAAUAAGGGGAACUUGCAUCAGCCCGGCGGGCAGACCAACCAUCACGAAGCCAGAGACGAAGAUAUUGCCGUAAUAUCAAUGGCAUGCCGGCUUCCUGGCGGCGCCAUCACUCCAGAAGACUUUUGGACCCUGCUCGAAAAAGAAGUAGACGCGAUUAUAGAUGUACCCGAGGGUCGAUGGGAUGAUGAUGAUGCCGGCCAAAACGGCUCCUACUGCCGCCGAGGAGGAUUCAUCCCAUCCAUUGACAUGUUUGACGCGCCGUUUUUCGGCAUCUCGCCGCGGGAGGCCGCAUCUCUCGACCCGACACAUGCUCUGAUGCUGGAGAUGUCCUGGGAGGUGUUGGAGCGAGCCGGCUACACAACGGAGCGGCUACGUGGGAGCCAGACCGGUGUCUUCGUCGGCGUGAGUAGCAUCGCGGCCUACCAACACGGCUACGACUGUGCUGGCCUGGAGGGCUACUCCAUCACAGGCACCGCCGGUGGCACGCUGUCCGGUCGUGUGUCAUACGUGCUAGGACUGGAGGGGCCGGCCAUGACCAUCGACACGGCAUGCUCGUCUUCCCUGGUGGCGACGCACGUUGCCUGCAAUGCGCUCCGGCAAGGCGAGUGCGACAUGGCCGUGUCUGGCGGCGUGUCCCUCAUGCUCACGCCGGGUUUGCACGCUGAGUUCAGUCGACUGGGCGGCAUGUCGGCCGACGGGAGCUGCCGAGCGUUCGCAUCGGACACGCAGGGCACGGGCUGGGGCGAAGGCGCCGCCGCCAUCGUCCUGAAGCGGCUAUCCGAUGCCCAACGUGAUGGCGAUGUAAUCCAUGCCGUGCUGCGUGGCACGGCCGUCAACCACGGCGGACGUAGCAGCGCCAGCCUCACAACUCCCAGCGGACCGGCGCAGCAACGGCUCAUCCGUACGGCGUUGGCGGCGGCGCGGCUGCAGCCAGGUGACAUCGACUACGUGGAGGCGCACGGGACGGGCACCAGGCUCGGAGACCCGAUCGAGGCCGGCGCCCUCGGUGAGGUAUUUGGCGAGGAUCGAGGAAUCCAAGAACAUGGCCGGAGCGGCACGCUGUGGGUGGGUUCGGCAAAGUCCAACAUCGGACACACGCAGGCCGCGGCCGGCCUGGUCGGGAUGGUCAAGGUCAUGCUGGCUAUGAGGCACAACUCGCUGCCACCGACGCUCCACGUGAACGGCGUGCCCACGCGCGAGGUGGACUGGGAGGCCGUAGGCAUGGCUCCCGUGCAGAAGCAACAACCAUGGCCGCCUAACAAGAGCGGUCGGCGGCGUCGGGCGGGCGUGAGCGCGUUUGGCAUCGGCGGGACCAACGCACAUGCCAUUAUCGAGGAGCCGCCGCCGCCGCCGCCGCCGCCGUCUCUCCGGGGCGCACAGUCCGCUCCGCUUCCCCGCGUGCUGCCGCUGUUGCUGUCGGGACGAAGCGAGGCGGCGUUGCGUGACCAGGCCGACAAGUUGCGACGACACCUCAUGAGCAGCAAAGGCGGCGACGAGGACGAACAUCGGGCCCUGGGCAACGUGGCCUAUUCGUUGGCCACGACACGAAACCACUUCAAACAUCGGCUGGUGCUGAGGGCCAAGGACAAGGCAGAGUUGCUCUGCAAGCUCGCAAACGCGUCUGGAGGCGGCAUAGACUAUAACAACGCGACAUCCCCAUCCAGCCUGAGGAGUGAGAGGAAGAAGCCCCGCGUGGCGAUGCUCUUCACGGGCCAGGGCAGUCAGUGGGCCGGCAUGGGCAAGGGACUUGCCGGCCAGUAUCCCGUCUUCCGCGCGUCGCUGGAGGCCAUCGCGGACAAGUUCAAGACACAUCUCGACGCGCCUCUGCUCCAAGUCAUGUGGGCAGAUCCAAGCAGUGAGGCUUCCGAGCUCCUGGAGCGCACCGAAUACGCACAGCCGGCCCUAUUCGCGCUGGAGGUGGCCCUGUGGCGGCUGUGGGAGAGUUGGGGCGUGCGGCCAGACAUCGUGCUCGGGCACAGCGUCGGCGAGCUGGCCGCCGCCCACGUAGCCGGUAUCAUGGGAAUCGACGACGCCUGCCGUCUGGUAGCAGAGCGUGGGCGCUUGAUGCAGCCUCUGUCCGGUCACAGCGGCGGUGGUGGCAUGGUGUCGCUCGAGGCCAACGCGUCCGAGGUGACCGACGCGAUUGCGACGUUGGGCUUGCAUAGCAAGAUCGAUAUUGCGAGCCAUAACACGCCCACCCAGUCAGUCGCCUCAGGGGAUGUCGAUGCUCUCGCCAGUCUCGUAGCCUAUUUUGCGGAUAAGGGCCGCAAGUCCACCAAGCUCGGCGUCUCUCACGCCUUCCACUCCCACCACAUGGAUAGCGCGCUGGAUUGCUUGGCAAGAGCCGCCGCAACGGUGCGUUUUCAACCUGCGCAAACAACCAUCGUCAGCAGCGUCACAGGCGCGGUCGCGCACAUCGGCCAACUUGGAGAAGCCAGCUACUGGGCUCAUCAGGCACGCGCUCCAGUCCGCUUCAGCGACGGGAUCCGAACCCUGGUCGACCAGGGCGUCGACGUGUUCCUGGAACUCGGCCCGCGGGCGGUGCUGUGCAGUAUGGGCGCCGCCUGUGUGGAGGAUGCCAAUGUGGCCAACUCAAUUGCGUGGUUGUGCUCGUUGGCGCCGAAGAAAGAGGACGCAGCCGACUUCAUUCAGGGUAGCCUCGCCCAGUUGCACGUGCGGCACGUGCCUGUCGACUGGCCUGGCUACUUCCGCCCCUUUGAUUGCCGACGUGUUGAGCUGCCGACGUAUUCCUUCCAGCGGUCUUCAUACAGCAACGGCACCGCCAGCAUCAAAAGGACGGCGAGUGCCCCGAAAAAAUGCUCCGGCAGCGACGUCGGCGACGCCGGCAGCCCGGCUAUAGAUGGGCCGCAGCGCUUCCAGUUCGACAUCAACUGGCAUCAGAUAAAGACUGGAGACGAAAUCGUCAGCCCUCUCAGCGGUUCUUGGGGCUUGCUCUGCCCGAAUGGUGAGGUGGCAUGGGCCGAGGAGGUGUCGUUGGCUCUGCUGUCAUCCCCCUCCUCAUCAGCAUCGCCAACAUCAUCGCCAUCACCAUCAUCAUUAUCGCCAGUGUUGCCGCGGCUGGUCCACAUCUCUCAUCUCAAAGACGCCCAACAUCUGGACGGCGUGAUCUGCUUGUGGGAUUCACAUACCGAGCACAUACAACAAGAUGUACGAACCUUGACCGAACUGGCGCUCGCCCAGCUUCAGGACGCAGCACGAACCGCCUUCGCCCCGCCGAUCGUAUGGAUCACACGGCAGGCGGUUGGCACGGGCGUCGACGACGACGGCGCCGUCCAGGGGCUUGCGGCGGCGCCCCUCUGGGGCCUGAUGCGCACUGCCCGGAGCGAGCAUCCGAAUCUGCGCCUGCGUCUCAUCGACCUGAGCGAGAGGCAGGCUAAUAUCAACGGCCUCGCCAGCGCCUUGGCCCUAUCAGACGAGCCGGAGUGCGCCUUGCGGAAGGGUGGGUUGGUGUUUGUUCCCCGGAUGGAGCGCCGUGCCCCGUCGUUGUCGGGAGUAAGACGUCACCACGGGCCGCCGACGACAACGACGGGGACGCGACUCCCGUGCCGUGAGGGCGCCGUCUUGAUCACGGGAGGCACGGGAGGCAUCGGCCAGCGGGUGGCCAGGUGGCUGGUUGGCACGCACGGCAUCCGCGAUCUGGUGCUUGUGUCUCGCCGCGGUGCUGCUGCCCCUGGCGCAACGUCGCUUGCCAACGAUCUGGCCCGGCUCGGCGCCAGAGUCUCCCUGGUCGCCGGCGACGUGGCCGACCAUGAUGGCGUCAAGGCCAUCAUGUCCCACUUCAACCAGUCCCGUCCCCUGCGAGGGGUGAUCCACGCUGCUGGCGCGCUGGACGACAGCGUUCUCGCGGCUCUGACGCCGCAGCGCUGCGACGCCACCUUUGCACCCAAAGCGUUUGGGGCACUGCAUCUGCAUCGCCUGACUCGCGGCAUGGACCUAGACUUCUUCGUGCUGUUUUCGUCCGUCUCCGGCAUCUUGGGCACCGCGGGCCAGGGCAACUAUGCCGCCGCAAACACCUUCCUCGACGCGCUCGCGUAUUCGCGCCGUGCCCAGAACCUGGCGGCCACCGCUAUCGCAUGGGGCCUGUGGGACGGUGACGGAAUGGCCGCGCGCAUAAGCCCAUCAUCCCGUGUUCGUUUUGCCCAGUCGGGUCUCGAUGCUCUUUCCCCUGAAGAGGGCCUAGAGUUGCUGGGGCUGGCAGUGUCGGCGCGCGAAAGCCACGCGCUGACCGUCGCCGCCGCGUUCUCCGUCGAACGCCUUCAGGCGUACUACCAGGACGGCGCCCAGGAAUCGCCUUCCCUGCUCCGAUCGCUCAUAGGGUCCGGCCGAAACGGUGGUGAUGAGGACGUAAAGCGCGCCGCUCGACGUCAAGGCCGAGGAGAAAGCCGGCAGUGCGACGGGUCGGCCACUCGCACCACGCUGCACGAGGCGGCGACCGACGAGGAGCGCGCCGCCCUGAUGCUGGCUGCGGUCCGGUCCGCAGUGGCCAAGAACCUGGGCUUCUUGUCUCCCGAAGAUGUGGACAUGGACCUGCCCCUGCAGCAGAUGGGGCUGGAUUCAUUGACGGCCGUCUUGACGCGCAACGAGUUGGCUGCCCUGACGGGGCUCGCGCUGCCGGCAAACACCACAUUGGGCUACCAGAGCGUCAGGGCACUCGCCGAGCUCCUCCUCUCCCUGAUCCCACGCGGAGCCCGUGCAAGCCCAACGUCCAGCGCGACGGAGACGACAGGCGCGUCAACCCCUCCGCCCACUCCCGCUCCCACAUGUAGCGACAACAGCCAAGAUGUCCCGAGUGAUUCUUCUCCAUCGACAACUGCCCCCAACAGCCGCCUUCUCUGUCCUGCGCUCGGCCUUGUGCCGCCGCAUUCCCCUCCUCAGCUCUUUGCCUCGAGCUGGAGCUACUUCGAAACCCUUGCCUGGUGCUCGCGCCUCCUGCAAGAAUCCUCGCCCACGACUGGCCUGUUGCCCGGCCACGGCCAAGCCAUCGGCUUCGUCUUGCCUGGCUUCAACCCUUCCAGCCCGGAACGAGACCAGUUCAUCGGGGGCACGCUGUCCCACCGAAGCGAGAACGGAAAACAUGGCAACAACAAGGCAUGUUCCAGCACCAUGAACAAGAACACACCGCCCCCGCUCCGCCACAUGCUCUGCCUCUUCCGCCCCUCUGACGCCGCCCACCUAGCGGACGCCUCUCGGCCCAUCCAACGCGUCGUGACACUGUUCGCCCUCGGCGACGGCACAUCCGGCUUCCCGGGCAUGGUGCACGGCGGCCUCAUCGCCACGCUCCUCGAUGAGAGCCUCGGCGCCGUCAACGAGCUCAACGCCGCGCUCGGCAAGCGCCAGCAGGGCGGCGGCACCAGCACCAACAUCAACGUCACCGCAUCCCUCAGCAUCGAGUACCUCGCUCCGCUGACCACGAUGGAGGAGGUGGUGUGCGUGACGGCGUGGCUGGCGGGCGUGCGAGGGCAGAAGACGAUUGUCAAAGCCGAGGUGUCCGAUUCUCGAGGGGGAAUCCUCGCCGCGGCGGAGAGCACGUGGGCGACAGUCGCGGUGCCGUCAGCAACGCUGGCCUAGAGUUAAGCUAGGAGCCCGUGGACGACGCAAUGCCGUCAUAUUGGUGCCUGAAGCAAAUAGGAGGAGCGUCAGAGAAGUGCAGGCGUUAGUAUUGCCACUAGAGUGUGGGACGCAGGUUGUUGUUGUUGGAGGGGGGGCGGUAGGGAAAAAGGGGU